CAACCGACUAUGUUGACGACGAAGGCAAUGCGCCAUCAGGUUCUUCAAUAGUAUACAGAGCUCCAAUGGCCAUGGCGAUUCGUAUUUCUUCCCAAUACUUAUUUCCUUCUUUCAAUAAUGCACGGGAAGUUCUUGCCCGUAUUACGACAGGCAACUAGCAAAUAUUGUAGAUUUCAUGGUAAAGCUAUGACAAUAUCCUUUCGAGGCUCUGUAAAGCAUUUACAGACAGUGUGCCGAAUCUCAGUUCCUGGCUCCUCUUGGGAGAGUGUUAAAAAUCCACCUUCGAACUCUCUAAAAGACAGGAAACUGGUCCCCGACUCAGAUCCACCAAGCACUAAAGAUGUCAAUCUUUUAUAUGAGUUUUUCGAUAGAAGAUUUGCACCUUUUUGCAGUACCAAACUUGUUGCUUUGACUGGAGCUGGGAUAAGCACAGAGUGUGGAAUUCCUGAUUAUAGAAGCCCGAAUGGAGCUUAUAGUACUGGCUUCAAACCGAUUACACAUCAGCAAUUUAUUCGUUCUAGCCGUGCACGAAGGCGGUAUUGGGCAAGGAGCUAUGCAGGAUGGAGAAAGUUCAAUGAAGCAAAGCCUAGUGUAGCUCAUACUGCAUUAUCAUCUCUAGAAAAAGCCUGCCGAAUAAGCUUUAUGAUUACACAAAAUGUAGAUAGGUUGCACCAUCGUGCUGGUAGUAGCCCGCUUGAGUUACAUGGGACUGUUUAUACUGUCGGUUGUGUGGAUUGUUGGUUUUCUUUUCCACGGGAGUCCUUUCAAGACCAAUUGAAGUCCCAAAAUCCAAAGUGGGCAGAAGCUAUAGAAAGUCUAGCUUAUGACAGCAAGUCAGAUAAGAGUUUUGGGAUGAAGCAGAGGCCUGAUGGUGAUAUUGAAAUUGAUGAAAAAUUCUGGGAAGAAGAUUUCCACAUACCAACUUGCUCAAAAUGCAAUGGGGUACUUAAACCCGAUGUUGUCUUUUUUGGUGAUAAUGUACCCAAGGAUAGAGCCAAUAUAGCCAUGGAAGCUGCUAAAGGGUGUGAUGCUUUCCUUGUCCUUGGUUCAUCAGUAAUGACUAUGUCUGCUUUCCGCCUUGUCAGAGCAGCUCAUGAGGCUGGUGCUGCUACAGCAAUUGUGAAUAUAGGCAUCACUCGAGCCGAUGAGUUUGCAGAUUUGAAAAUCAACGCCCGUCUAGGAGAGAUAUUACCACGGCUGCUCAACACUGGUUCGCUCAGCGUUCCUGCUAUCUGAGACUUCAAACAGGACCACACGUCAUACUAUCUGAGACUUCACGGCUUGUACUUGAAAUUAGUCGAUGGAUGGUGUCAACUUGGUCAACUCUUCACAAGUUAUGGUUUUGACAUGGGUUUGUUCUACUUAUCUAUUGUUUUCUACUGACUUUCUUCAAGAUCAAGGGUGAUUGCCGUCUGCAAACAUUGUUUGUUGAAGCUGAUGGAUGUAUCUUGUGUAAGACUUUUGUAUUCUAUAUAUACACGGGCGACACUCAAAAAUAAAUUUGUAAUCAAUGUAUCAAGUAGUUGUUACAUGGAUGCCUGUUGCUAAAAAUUGAAGUACAGAUUGUUUAAUCUCCAUUAAGACUUUUGCUUCAA